AUGGCGCCUCACGACAGCGACGUCAACUUUCUUCCUGUCGCAAUUGCCACGCUUGAAACCAUUCAGAUGCGUCAGGGCAAGUCAUGGGAGCCCAUUCUUGAUCUCUUGCGCGAGAUGCGAGAUGCCAACCUGCCGUCUCAGCCUCACCUCGACCUCGACCUCGACCUUCUCCCUCCGAUUGACCAUUAUCUAUCUGCCCACGACCAUCACAACAUAGUUCAGGACGCUCUCUGGACUAUAUCAUCGGAUCUGGUCAACGUGGCUGACGAGGCACCUGUCCUGCUCCGCACGAUGUCUUUGGUCUACGAGUUAUACUCUAGUCGCACAAUGGCAAACUUUCUCGUUAACCACAUUCUUGCUCAUCCAGUCGAGCGCGCCCAGGAUUUUGCGGUAUAUAUGCGGCCGAUGAACCGAGUCGCUAACAUCCUCUUUGGAUGGCGCGGGACACACCGUUUCUACGCGCUGUACCCUUACAUUCCUCAGUUUACGACGCGUCAGCUUACUGCAAUCACACUGCAUCGCCUGUGA